CGUUCGCCCUAGAGAAGAGAUAGAGAUAGCAGUGAAUGAGAUAGGGAGCACAGCAGAGAUACCUUUUCACGCAGCUGAGGAUAAUAGAAGCCGGCCACUACAUAAAUAGUUGCUGAACAUUCCUUCUCUCAAUUGCUGGCCAACAAUUGCCUACCGUUUGUCGACAGUAGAAACCAUGGCAGAGUCGGGGCUUCCUCCAGGAUGGGAAGUUCGUCAUUCCAAUUCGAAGAAGUUGCCCUACUACUUCAACCCACAUACUAAGGAAUCGCGCUGGGAGCCCCCUGCUGAUACCGACACGGAGAAGCUGAAGGUGUACAUGGCCACGUAUCACAGUGGCCCGCCAGAUCGCUACACAGGCUCCAGCCAAAAAGAGGGCCAAAUCAGGGCAAGCCAUCUGCUCAUUAAGCACCGAGACAGCCGCAGGCCGACCAGCUGGAGAGAGGCGAACAUCACGCGUUCCAAGGAGGAGGCGAUUGAAAUUCUCAAUGGCCAUUUGCAGCGCAUUAUGUCUGGAGAGGCGACCCUCGGGAACAUUGCGAUGACUGAAUCGGAUUGCAGCAGCGCACGGAAGAAGGGAGACCUUGGAUUCUUUGGCCGUGGAGUUAUGCAAAAGGAAUUCGAAGAUGCGUCAUUUGCUCUCAAACCGGGGCAGAUCAGUGGAAUUGUGGAAACACAGUCUGGAGUCCAUCUUAUUGAAAGGAUUGAAUGAAUCAAUGAGUCUACUUCACAUGUAUCUAGGAUGCUAUACCAAUUCAGAACAUUGUUUGGUCCUCAUAUGCCCCUAGUGUCCGAUGUCUUUCGGCCUAUUCCAAAUCAAGUGUUUUCAAAACGUUAUGCUAGCAUCAAAAUCGUCGCAGAAACCAACCCCCUCUAUUUAUUGUGUUUUUUCUCCUGUUUCAUGCUGUUGCUUUAUCUCUAUAUCCCGCAAAAC